AUGGACGCUUACCUUAGUCGUUUCAUGAAUGAUAAUGUCAACCCUGAUAGCCUCUUUGACGACGAGUAUUACCUGUUUGCUGGUGAAGGCUCAGAUCCUGAUGACGUGGAGCACGACGAAUUGGAAGACUCAAGACACAAUACCUAUGUCGACCAUGAUCCAUUGGACUAUGUCUACUCAAACCUCCCAGACCACACACACAUCCUGAAGCACGCCGCAAAUUGCGAUCACUGCAAGGCCAAGAAGUUUGUGUCUGAGGCCCCGGGAUUCUGCUGUCGCAGUGGGCAGAUCCAGCUGAAGCAACCGGAGCCCGUCCCGGAGCUAAUGAGGCUUUGGUCUAGCAUGGAUUCGGACUCAAGGCAUUUUCGGGAUAACAUACGAUUCUUCAACGGCCACUUCUCCUUCACAACCCUCGGCGUCAGCCUUGAUGAAAGCUACACAAACAUGAAGUCUGGGGUGUACACGUUCCGAGCGCACGGCACCAUCUACCACAACGUUCAUUCCUUCAGGCCAACAUCACGUCCAGAUCAUCUACAGUUGUACUUCUACGACGACGAUCCAGGCCUAACCCAUCGCAAGGCUGCCACCGAGCAAUUAGACCAAGAUGUCGUCAAAAAGUUAGUGGACAUACUCAGGGAAAACCCGUACUCCCAGCAGUUUAGGAGUUUGGGUGCGCACAGGGACAACCUCAACGAUUACAGGAUAGACCUCAACACAGACCAGAGACUAGACCAACGGAAGUAUAAUAGACCUCUGUCAUCGGAGGUCGCUGCAAUUUGGGUGGAGGGCACUGACCUAGCAAAGAGGGGGGAGCUCGGUUGGCACCCAAAACUUCCUAAACGUGAUGUCCCUUGGCCGGUUGUGCAACAACCAAGAGGUAGAGGUGAUGAUGAUGAUGAUGAUGAGGAUGCAGAGGGGAAUAGCAGGUUAUGCGUCUCGGUGAGAGACUACUACUGUUACAUGCUCCAGACACGACCUGGGAUAUUCAAUCCCAUACUCUGUGGAGCACGAUUGCUCCAGCAAUGGGGGGUGGACAUGUACAUCAAGAUUGAGAGUUGUAGGUUGAAAUGGUACAGGAAGAACCAAACAAAGAUCCGUGCCGACCUGUAUAAAGGAGUUGUUGAUGCAAUUACAUCCGGGGAGACCCGGGCAAGCGCUGUUGGAGUAAGGAUAGUGCUACCUGGAACGUACCCAGGUGGCGACCGCGACAUGAAGCGGAGGCAUAUGGAUGCCAUGGCAAUUGUCCAUACUUACGGGAAGCCUGACAUCUUCUUGACCAUGACCUGCAACCCUAACUGGGAAGAGAUAACAAAUGAGUUGUUUCCUGGUCAGACAGCGCAAGACCGACCUGAUCUUGUGGCUCGUGUGUUCCAUGGCAAGCUAGAGGCUAUGAAAGAGAUGUUGUUCAAGAAGAAUACCCUGGGUGUUGUUGUUGCACAUGUAUACGUAGUCGAGUUCCAAAAGAGGGGCCUCCCCCACGCACACUUUUUGUUGAUCAUGGAUUCUGCCUAUAAGCUUGUCGUUCCAGAGCAGUACGACCGACUCAUUUCUGCCGAGCUCCCAGACAAGCAAAAGUAUCCUGAACUCCACGCCUUGGUGGUGAAACAUAUGAUGCAUGGACCAUGCGGUGCUCUCAACCCCAAAAAUGUUUGCAUGCAACAGAACGAGUGCAAGUGCAGAUACCCGCGGUCGUUCAAUGAAAACACGGCACAGGGCAAGGACUCAUACCCUGUUUAUCAUCGUCGAGAUAAUGGUCGGCAGGCUAAGGUCCGGGGUAAAAUGUUGGACAACAGAUGGGUUGUGCCGUAUAACCCUUACCUGCUGCAGAUGUUCAAUUGCCACAUAAACGUUGAGGUUUGCUCCAGCAUAAAGGCCGUCAAAUACCUUUACAAGUACAUAUACAAGGGCCAUGAUAGGGCUUCUUUCAGCAUCGACCAACCUGACGCUGAUGGUAACAUUGAUGAUAUCAAAAGAUACGUAGACGCGAGGUGGGUUACUCCUCCAGAGGCGAUGUGGAGGAUAUUUGGCUUCCCCUUGUGUGCCAAUGACCCGUCUGUCCUACAGUUGCCUCUUCAUCUCCCGAAUAUGCACAGGGUGGCAUUCAAUGAGCAAGCUGACUUGACCGACGUAGUCGCCUCUGAGAAAGCUUCCAAAUCCAUGUUGACAGAGUAUUUCAAAGCUAACCAAAACCACCCGUGGGCUAGGAAUAUAUUGUACAAGGAUUUUCCUAGAAGGUUUACAUGGCAGAAGGGUAAGAAGUAUUGGAAAGAGCGGGUGGAGCGUUAUCAGAUAGGUCGAAUUGUGUCUGCCAAUCCUGCCGAGGGGGAGCGAUACUAUCUGCGUGUGCUGCUAAACCAUGUUGCUGGCAAGACGUCCUAUGAGGACCUGCUCACCGUGGACGGUAGGCUAUGCGGGAGCUUUAGAGAGGCUGCCGAAAGGUUGGGACUCAUCGAGGCAGAUAACACGCUCGACGACUGUCUUACUGAGGCAGAGCAGUGGGCGAUGCCAUGUUCGCUCAGGAGGCUCUUCGCAACAAUUUUGGUGCACUGUGAGCCAGGCGACGUGCGUGGUUUAUGGGAUAGGCACUUCGAUCCUAUGUCUGAUGACUAUCGGCGAUCACACACGUGCCCGAUUGAGGUGGAACAGAUGGUGUUGCUUGACAUUAGGGGUAUGUUGCAGUCCAUGGGCAAAGACAUAGCUGAUUUCUCUCUUCCAUGCAUUGACGAUGCAUUCGACCCAGCCGAGGGAGAGGCCAGAGAAGUGAUCGAGGAAUCCAACGUCGAUUUUGACAUCAACGACACUAAAUUGGCUUCGUCGCUAAACUUGGAGCAGAGGGUUGCAUACGAGGAGAUACUAGCUUCUGUUGAACGCGUUGAUGGGGGUGUGUUCUUUGUUGAUGGACCGGGAGGUACAGGGAAGACCUUCCUAUACAGGGCGCUGCUCGCCAAGGUUCGAAGCGAGGGAAACAUCGCUAUCGCUACCGCGACGUCAGGCGUCGCCGCUUCUAUCAUGCCUGGAGGCAGGACUGCCCACUCGAGGUUCAAGAUCCCAUUGAGCUGCGACGAUGGCGCCUCAUGCACCUUCACGAAACAGAGUGGUACCGCCAAGCUACUGAGGAUGGCCUCAUUGAUACUAUGGGACGAGGCCACCAUGACUAAGCGACAGGCGGUCGAGGCACUUGACAACAGCAUGCGCGACAUCAUGGGAAGACGGGGCCGACCCUUUGGAGGAAAAACUGUUGUGUUUGGCGGGGACUUCAGGCAGAAGGGUAUGCGCCAGCUAAGGCUCGUCACCAACAUGAGGGCUCAUAAUGACACCUGGUUUGCGGAUUACUUGCUAAGGGUAGGCAAUGUCACUGAGGAAGUUGACGAUCAAGGAAACAUACGACUCCCUGAAGAUAUUUGUGUGCCGUCUACAGGCGAGGGUGAUGACCUGGAGAAGCUGAUUGACCAUGUGUUUCCCAGACUAGAUGACAACAUGUCCGAUCCGAAUUACAUGACUUCACGCGCAAUCCUCUCCACCACGAACGACAACGUCGACAAGAUAAACAUACGCAUGGUAGAGCGUUUUCGGGGAGAAGAAGUAAUCUACCAUAGCUUUGACAGUGCAGAAGACGACCCGUAUGGCUACUACGCUCCCGAGUUCCUAAAUGGAUUGACUCCCAACGGUCUGCCUCCGCAUGCACUCAAACUGAAGCUCAACUGCCCCGUCAUACUUCUGAGGAACAUUGAUCCGGCUAAUGGUAUGUGUAACAGGACGAUGCUUGUGGUGCGAGGUUUCGAGAGGAACGCCAUCGACGCAGAAAUCGUGAUCGGACAACACGCAAGUAGGAGGGUAUUCCUUCCUCGAAUACCCCUAUGCCCGUCUGACAACGACAUGUUUCCAUUCAAGUUCAAGAGGAAGCAAUUUCCUGUAAGGCUUAGCUUUGCUAUGACGAUUAACAAGGCUCAAGGCCAGACGAUUCCGAUUGUUGGCGUGUACCUACCUAAUCAUGUGUUCUCUCAUGGUCAACUCUAUGUCGCACUGUCUCGAGCCACCGCAAAGAGAAACAUAAAGAUCCUCAUUGAGAAGGAGAAGGAGAAGGAGAAUGCCAAGAAGCAACGCGGUAAACCUAAGAAGCGAAAAAGACCUGCCUUGUCCUUACAAACCUCGAUGAAGAACAUCGUCUAUAAGGAAGUCCUUACAGGCUGA